UAUCGAGUUCGAUGGAAUUGGUGUCAAGGUUUGGGAUUUUGGGAGUAGCCAUGGGACUUGGCUUGAGGCUGGGGUCGGGACGCCGGGGUGGAGUGAUAUUGGUGUUGGGGGUGGGAAGGGGCAGAAGGUUCCUGGGGAGGGGUUUGGGGUGCCGUUGUUGAGGGGUAACAAGAUUAUGUUUGGGAAUGAUGUUGAGAAAGACGGAGUUACACAUGAAGCAGUCAAGUGCAUCGCGAACGUCUUGAUUCGUGGACCGGAUACUCCGUAUCCUUCGUACCGGGGUAUCUAUAACUACUAUUCUGCGGAUGAGGCUUUCUCGAGGCAGGAUGUUAGUGCUGAGAUGCAUCCGGAUGCCAGCGACUUCCUGUCCAAGCAGAUGCAUGUUGGGGUUGAGACAGAGUCCGUGGAUUCAGUCGCCUGACGUUGGGUAUUUCCCCACGACAGAGUUGAAUUUGAGUGCGAAGAAUCUUCAGAAGCUCAUGCUCCUUAAAUUCCAGAGCAUCGUCACGAGUCAACUGCACACCCAGAAACCCGCCCCCACACGCGCUGCUCUGGACAUCUGCAGCCUCAUCACCCUCGGUACUCCCCAGCCGCCCAUUAGCCCAGACGAGUUCAAGUGUCUCGUCCAACUCUGGGCCCGUGUCGUCUACGUCAUCAACACAAUCGGCAAACCCGAAUCCCCCACCUCCCCCGCAACCGACUUCAAACCCCUCAUCCUCCAACGCUUCGAAAUCAAAUCCCUCUGCGAAGAAGACCGCGAACUCCCCAUCACCGAGUUCCGCGAUAAGAUCUUCGAGUUGGCGAAUGAGUUGGGGUUCAUAAGUGAUGUUGCGAGGAACCCUGAUAUCCUUGGGUAUGCCGGGCAGGGAAGGGCGAUUAAGGGAACGUUUACGGAGGCGAUGAGGGAGAUUUGCCGGGAGGCGUAUGCCAGGUUGAGGGAGUCGGGGGAGGUUGAGAGGAGGGGGAGGGGACUUGGGAGGUUUGUGACCCCGGAGGAUGAGGUGAUUGAACCCAGGGGUGGUGAAGGGUCGCACUAUAGGCCUGUUAGUCCUGGUACUGAGCAAGGUGCUGGUGCCGGUGCUGAGGCGCCCAGUCCUGGUUACUCACCUCCCACGCCUCAACACGAGUUUGUUGGCGAGAGGCCGUUGCUGCCCAUGGGCGAGUUUGUCGACCCGAGGGAUGUUGGCGGGAUGGUGGAUAGGAGGAUGGCGGAGCAGGAGAUGGACGUCGAGUAUGAGGGAUGAGACUGACUUUGAUAAGGAGGAGGAACGUGUGAGACAGGAGGAGUAUGAACGCGAGUUCGAGGAGCGUGCCAGGACUGAUGAGAAGUGAGAGUGAGGAGGAGGUUGAUAAGGAGCAGAUGGCGCGUGAUGCUAUCUAUCGUGGGACGCUGCUUGCCAUGCUUGAACGUCGUGAGAGGGCGGAAAACAUGGCUCGUCAGAGGAUUGCACCAGCGGUUUCCUCUCCAGUUGCAGCUCCCAGAACCUUCACGCUUCCUACCCCGCCUGCGCGUGAGCCUGUUCUCCAGCCUCCGCCGGAGUCAUUCA